GCAUGUAUCGAUAACCUAUUAAAAAAAUUUGCGGAGAAUAUAUAAAGAGAAAGAUACAACUGAUGUUAUCAAAGAAACAUAAUUCCUGCAUCAGACAACAAUUGUUAAAAGUGUUCUCUUUACAAGAUGAAAGUACUGUGGGCGGUAGCUAUUGCUACGAUCACUCUGGCUUUCGUUUCUGCCAACCCACCACCUAAGUGUCCGCCUGAUGGAAUUGAUGUCACCAUAGUUCCGAACGAAGAUGACUGCUCAACUUUUUACGUUUGCGGUGCAGGCAUAGCAUACUUAAUGGAAUGCUACAAAGGACUUCUCUUCAAUCCCGAAUUACGAGUAUGCGAUUGGCCAGAAAAUGUAAAUUGUGCUACCAGUCCAGCGCCUCCAAGUUCAUCUAGCGCACCAAGCUCUCCAGAACCUCCAAGUUCAUCCAGCGCACCAAGUUCUCCAGAACGUCCAAGUCCAUCGAGCGGACCAAGCUCUCCAGAACCUCCAAGUUCAUCCAGCGCACCAAGCUCUCCAGAACCUCCAAGUCCAUCGAGCGGACCAAGCUCUCCAGAACCUCCAAGUUCAUCCAGCGCACCAAGCUCUCCAGCACCUCCAAGUUCAUCUAGCGCNACCAAGCUCUCCAGAACCUCCAAGUCCAUCGAGCGGACCAAGCUCUCCAGAACCUCCAAGUUCAUCCAGCGCACCAAGCUCUCCAGAACCUCCAAGUUCAUCCAGCGCACCAAGCUCUCCAGAACCUCCAAGUCCAUCGGGCGGACCAAGUUCUCCAGAACCUCCAAGUCCAUCGAGCGGACCAAGCUCUCCAGAACCUUCAAGUCCAUCGAGCGGACCAAGCUCUCCAGCACCUCCAAGUUCAUCUACUCUCCAGAACCUCCAAGUCCAUCGAGCGGACCAAGUUCUCUAGAACCUCCAAGUCCAUCGAGCGGACCAAGCUCUCCAGAACCUCCAAGUCCAUCGGGCGGACCAAGUUCUCCAGAACCUCCAAGUCCAUCGAGCGGACCAAGCUCUCCAGAACCUCCAAGUUCGUCCAGCGCACCAAGCUCUCCAGAACCUCCAAGUUCAUCUAGCGCACCAAGCUCUGCAGAACCUCCAAGUCCAUCGAGCGGACCAAGCUCUCCAGAACCUCCAAGUUCGUCCAGCGCACCAAGCUCUCCAGAACCUCCAAGUCCAUCGAGCGGACCAAGCUCUCCAGAACCUUCAAGUUCACCAGAACCACCAAGUCAACCGUCAAGCACACCGGAACCCCCCAAUUCACCAAGCACUGCAGAACCUCCAAGUUCAUCUAGUCCUUCAGAACCACCAAGUUCAAAUAGCAUUGUGAAUCUAAAUUUGUGGGGAAUAUAUAUACAGAGAAAGACACAAUUGAUACGAUCAGAGAACUAUAGUGACUCUACAAGACUACAACUACCUAGGAAAAAAGUUUACAAAGCCAAGAUGAAAGCAGUGUGUACGGUGGCUAUUGCCAUGGUCAGUCUGACCUUUGUUUCUGCUAUACCACCAAGGUGUCCGGAGCAGGUCAGCGAUGAAACCAUCUUACUUCCAAAUGAAGAGGACUGCGCGACAUAUUAUAUCUGCAGCGGAGGUAUAGCAUUUUUAAUGAACUGCAGCAAAGGACUUCUCUUCAACAGUGAAUUGCUAGUUUGCGAUUGGCCACAAAAUGUAAAGUGCCCAGGUGGUUCUUCAUCCAGUGCAGCACCUACUCAAGAUCCCAACGAAGGACCUAGCAGCACGGAAUCUUCUCAACAACCUACCAGCACAGAUUCUUCUCAGGAACCUAGUAGCACAGAACCUUCUCAGGAACCUAGCAGCACAGAACCUUCUCAGGAACCUAGCAGCACAAAACCUUCUCAGGAACCUAGCAGCACAGAACCUUCUCAGGAACCUAGCAGCACAGAACCUUCUCAGGAACCUAGCAGCACAGAAUCCGUUCAGGAACCUACCAGUACAGAAUCUAAAGGACCUAAUAAUGAAAUCAGCGGAAAAUUCAGCAACCAUUAUAGCAAUGAACAUUGUUACGAACCCAGCGAUGAACCUAGCGAUGAACCUAGCGACGAACCCAGUGACGAAGCUAGCGACGAAUCCAGUGACGAAUCUAGCGACGAACCUAACGACGAACCUAGCAACGAGCCUAACGACGAACCUAGCAACGAACCUAGCGACGAACCUAACGACGAACCUAGCAACGAGCCUAACGACGAACCUAGCGACGAACCUAGCGACGAACCUAGCGACGAACCUAUUGACGAACCUAGCGACGAAUCCAGCGAAGAAAUUAGCGAAGAAAUUAGCGAAGCAUGACGUAUUUAUGUAAAGAACGAAAAGUUUCGAAGUAAUUAAGGUUGUAUGAAAUAAAUGAUAUAGUAUA